AUGCUGAUACAAAUUUGCUCCCAAUUGGAUAUAAUAGUCUACCGUCUGCAGAGUCUACCAUUAUUGUACAGAGAUGAUACGAAGUCUCUUGUAUUCAGUAAAAAGGAAGCUAGAAUUAUCAAGAAAUGUGUUGUAUUUAAUUACAGGUUUUGUAGCGACUUGAACAAUAUCUUUGGUAUUGUACUCGGUUUUCAAUUCUUUGGAUUCGUGUCAAACAUUUGUACCCUAAUAUUUAUUUUAUCGACGAAGCAUGAAAUUAAUGACAAGGUUGUUAUACAGAGUAUCACAUUGACGACUGUUCUAUUCCAAUUAUUUCUCUAUUGUCAUUUUGGAAACGAGGUCAUGGUAAAAAGUUUGAAAGUAGCUAACGUUAUGAAUAUGAUGGAUUGGACAGUGCUGAGUAGGAGCACACAACACCAUCUUCUGUUAAUUUCUGUACGCGCAAGUCGUCCAAUAAUUCUGAUGAGUGGAUCAAUUAUUCCAAUAACGUACGAUACUUUCCUCUCGAUAUUAAGAACAUCUUAUGCAGCUUACAAUUUAUUGAUGACAAUAAAUGCCUAA